UGUGCGUGUGAUAACAACAACUGACGUUAUCAAUUUUUUUUCGGACAACGUUGCGUUUCCAGAGGAAUUCCAUAGCAUCCACGCACUGGGGCCGGCACUCGCGGUUGUUUCGCAGUUGUCUGCGCCUUAGUCCUGAUCGUUUGUCGUAAACCGUUUGGAAAUGUAUUCUGCGUCGAUCGUAUGGCUCCUGGGACUCUGUUCCACGUACGUUUCGGCAUUCUACUUGCCUGGUUUGGCACCCGUAAACUAUUGCAAGGAAUCGGCUACGUCAUGCACGAAUAAGAUUGAGUUCUUUGUGAACAGACUCAAUUCUGAUGAAUCAGUCAUACCAUAUGAAUACCAUUACUUUGACUUUUGUACAACCGAUGAAAGUAAAUCUCCUACUGAAAAUCUUGGACAAGUUUUAUUUGGUGAAAGAAUUAGACCUUCUGGAUAUAAUGUAUCGUUUUUAAAUAAUGAGGAUUGUAAAGUACUUUGUACCAAACGUUAUUUCCCUGAUGACUCAAUUAGUAACAUGAAGCUAUUUGUACUUAAGCGAGGAAUGAGUUUAAAUUAUCAGCAUCAUUUUAUCGUUGAUAAUAUGCCAGUCACUUGGUGCUAUGAUUUAGAAGAUGGCCAGCAGUAUUGUAGUACAGGAUUUCCAAUGGGUUGUUAUAAGCCAGCCAACCAUGAUAAUAAUUUAUGUGCAACUAUUCUGAGAGUUGUUCCACAAGCGCUGAAGCCAAAUACUUAUUAUAUUUUUAAUCAUUUAGAAUUUACUAUUACUUAUCACAGCGGAAAGCACGAAGACUGGGGAUCAUCUUUUAGCUCCGAGGGUGGCAGAAUUAUAGCUGUUAAAGUGAAACCAAAAAGUAUACAACAUAAAUUUCCAGUCACUAGUUGUAAUACAGGAUUCAUGGAAAUCCCGGCUGAUAAAAUAAAUACUCCAUUGAAUAUAACAUAUUCAUACUCUAUUCAAUUUGAGAUUAACAACACUGUAAAAUGGUCUUCACGUUGGGAUUAUAUUUUGGAUUCUGUGCCACCUACCAAUAUUCAAUGGUUCAGCAUUUUAAAUUCUUUAAUGAUAGUAAUUUUCUUAUCUGGGAUGGUAGCAAUGAUUAUAUUGCGUACAUUACAUAAAGAUAUUGCUAGAUAUAAUCAGAUUGAUGCCGGUGACGAUAUUAAGGAAGAAUUUGGUUGGAAACUAGUUCAUGGAGAUGUUUUUCGUCCUCCAAGAAGAGGAAUGUUACUUGCAGUUUUUGUUGGCUCUGGAGUACAAGUCUUAUGUAUGACUGUUGUAACACUAGCAUUUGCGUGUUUGGGUUUUCUAUCGCCAGCUAAUCGAGGUUCACUUAUGACUUGUUCUCUAAUAUUAUUUGUAUGCCUUGGGACACCUGCUGGUUAUGUAUCAUCGAGAAUUUAUAAGAGUUUUGGUGGUGAGAAGUGGAAGACAAAUAUAAUAUUGACUUCAAUGUUUUGCCCUGGAGUGGUCUUCUGUUUAUUUUUCAUAAUGAAUUUGGUUCUAUGGGCCAAAGAAAGUUCUGCUGCUAUACCAUUUUCCACAUUAUUUGUUUUGUUAGUAUUAUGGUUUUGUGUAUCUGUACCACUUACAUUUGUUGGUGCAUUAUUUGGCUUCCGUAAACGACCAAUUGAACAUCCUGUAAGAACAAAUCAAAUCCCACGUCAAAUUCCAGAACAAACUAUUUAUACACAACCAUUCCCAGGAAUUAUUAUGGGUGGAGUUUUACCUUUUGGCUGCAUAUUUAUUCAACUUUAUUUUAUUCUCAACUCUUUGUGGUCCAACCAGAUGUAUUAUAUGUUUGGAUUUUUGUUCCUCGUGUUUAUUAUUCUCAUAAUAACUUGUUCCGAAACUACUGUUCUUCUAUGUUAUUUCCAUUUAUGUGCUGAAGAUUAUCAUUGGUGGUGGAGGAGUUUUUUGACCAGUGCGUUUACAUCAUUCUAUCUAUUUCUGUAUUGCGUUCACUAUUUCAAAACUAGACUUAAUAUUGAAGGCGUUGCUUCAACUUUCCUUUAUUUUGGAUACACAUUCAUAAUGGUGUUCUUAUUCUUCUUAAUGACUGGUACAAUUGGAUUUUUUGCAACAUUUUGGUUUGUCCGAAAAAUAUAUAGCGUUGUCAAAGUUGAUUAAUGUAAAAUCUUUUUUUUUUCAUUUAGUCGGUAAUAUGAUUUUUACUACCUAUAUAUUCAUUAUUAUUAUUUUAUUUUAUUUUGUACCAUAAUACUAUAUUUGAAUUAUCAUAAAUGCCUUUUGUGUAAAUAAUAAAUAUAUUAAUCAAUAUAUUAUAUAGUUUUAAAUA